AUGUGCACCACCCUCUUCCUGCUCAGCACCUUGGCUGUGCUCUUGCGCCGACACUUUGCCAACCGAGUCCAACCAGAGCCCAGCGAAGUAGACAGGCCAGUUAUGGGCAGCAGCUUGGAAACAAACUCCCAGCCCUCUGGCAGGGAGAAAGAGCCUCUGGGGGAAGCCCUGACCCCGAGGGCCAAGGGCAGGCUGGAGCUCACCGUCACCGUCUGCUCUGCUGAAAUGAUCAAUAAGACAACGCGUUGGGUCUGCGACAUGUGUGCCUGCAGCUGA